AAUACUCUCUUUCAAAUCGGGUAACCAAUCACAGGUCAGCUUGAAACAAACAUGGGAAACUGUUCGUAAAAUACAAUUGGGUUUUGUUGCAUUAAUUUUGGGGACGAAACAAUUUUUUAAUUUGGGCUUUUUCCAUUUCAGAUACAAUUCUUCACAGCUUCGGUCACUGCAAAACAAAAGUACAAUGGAUUGGAAUGUUGUGGGAAAACUUUGGGAUAAGUGGGCAUCAAACAAUGUGGGCCAUUCAGGUCAGCCUUUGAAGGCAGCUCUGUUGAUGAACUAUGAUCCAACGGGACCGUCUCGUCUAGUAUCCACUGUUGCAGAGCAAGUCGGGAUUAAAGUAGAUCCAACUGAAAUAAGUCAACUUGUCAGUUUUGUGAAGAGAAAUAAACUCCAGACUGAGAGCUUCUUUAUCGGCCCAAACGAAUAUCUUGUAACGUCGAUUCACGAGAGUUGGUUCUGUGCAAGGUGCAUGAACACUUCAAAGCAAGCUGGUGAAGGUGCCAUUGUCGUGCAGACGACAGCAUUCCUCUUGGUUGGACUAUACGAAGGCUCAAUUGGAUCGGCAUCUAGGGCAAUGGUGGCUGUUGAUCAAUUUGCAGGGCAGUUAGGUCGAAGAAACCUUUGAUUUCGUCGAAAAAGAUCCGAGUAAGAUAGAAAAAGAACGUUUCUUUUAAUUAAAGAUUUGAUUGUUGAACUGUUCUGCUUUUUUGUUUCUGUAAAAUCGAAAAAUGCGUUCAAUUUUCAUGUGUUCAAACAUAAAACUCGAGUUCAAGCAUCAGCUCAAACUUAAAACCC